AUGGAACCAGCUAACAAGAAAAUCAAGCUGGAAGAUAAAGAUAAUAAUGCGAUUGAUGAAUAUAAAAACAUAAGAUCCCUCUUUUUCAGAUUAAAUACGAUCUAUACAUUCCUCAUAUGUAGAAAACAUGUUAUUCCCACAUUUAAAACGCUUACUGAACCAAUAUCUGCUGCUUUGAAGAGGCCAGUGACAGAAUUGGAUCUCGCAAAGAUUGCCGUCCUGAUGCCUCGAGGAUGUGUGUUUAGGUACAUUGAUGAGAAUCAAAUACACACUGAAACCAAAGUAUUUGAUUGGAAUAAUGGCGGAUAUCAACAAAAGGAAAAUGAUAUAUUUCAACUAAAAGAGGUAGCUGACCAAUUUUCGGAUAGUAAAUCAACUCAAGUACUUAUUUUUGAGUUCAUUGAUGGUAAUAUGAAAAGAUCAUGGACUUCCGGUGAUCCAAAUUCGCAGGUAAAGUUACCAACAUACUCUACAGAGGAAAUGAAGAAGAUGAUCUCUAAAAGAGAGGAUUUUUUCAGAAUUAACCUAGACGCAUUUAUAGAUAAGGCUUUGAAAGAAGGAUUUGAUCCAUACAAACAUUUAACUGCAUUGGCUGAGAAAGUUUUACCCAAAGAAAAAUCAUAUGAAGAUCCAAUUGAACAGAUGAUGAAAAUCAAAGCUGAACAAAAUAAUGAGAACGUUUUGGAUGAAGAGACAGGCCUAACUAGACCCAGUAUUGAUAAUAUGAUCAAAAAAUUAAUGAAACUAGACUGGUAUACAGAUCAAAUCAAAGAGCAUUAUACAAUCCCAGAAAGAAGUGCAGCAUAUGGAGAGCUUGAUUUUGAACUGUCACCCAAUAUAUAUUCAAUUUUAGAACAUGAGCGCUUUUAUUCACAUCAAGCUCAUGCGAUCAAUGCCAUCCAUGCAGGUCAAAAUGUCAUAAUUACAACGUCCACUUCAUCGGGUAAAUCUCUUAUAUAUCAAUUAUCUGCGAUAGAUAUAUUAUUGAAGGACCCUGAGGCCACAUGUAUGUAUAUUUUUCCCACGAAGGCUUUAGCACAAGAUCAGAAAAGAGCAUUUGAGGACCUUAUUUCUAAAAUCCCAGAAUUACGUGAAAUGCGUGUCGAUACAUACGAUGGAGACACAGAACAACAUGAGAGAUCGGUUAUUAGGAAAAACGCAAGAGUUAUAUUCACAAACCCCGAUAUGAUACAUGCAAGCAUUCUACCGAAUCAUACUAAUUGGAGACAUUUCCUUUAUAAUCUAAAAAUAGUGGUUGUCGAUGAAUUGCACGUUUACAGAGGUUUGUUUGGUUCCAAUGUAGCAUUGGUUAUGAGACGAUUGCUAAGACUAAGCAAAUGUUUCUAUGAAAAUAAGUCCAUACGGUUUAUCUCCUGUUCUGCAACGUUACGGGAGCCUAUUCAACACAUGAAAAAUAUGUUUGGUAUUGAAGACGUCAAGCUGGUUCAUGAAGACGGAUCCCCAAGAGGUACAAAACAUUUGGUUGUAUGGAAUCCACCAGUAUUAUCUCAACAUGAAAGGAAAAGAGAAAAUUUUAUCCGUGAAAGUGCAAAAAAUCUGGUAGAGUUAAUCCUUAGAAAUAUAAGAACGAUAGCAUUCUGUUUUGUGAGAAGAGUAUGUGAAUUACUAAUGAAAGAGGUAAGAAAUAUACUUUCCGAUAUGGGGAGGGAAGAUCUUUUGGUUGAUGUUAUGUCCUAUAGAGGUGGUUACUCUGCUUCAGAUAGACGUAAGAUUGAACGUGAGAUGUUCCAUGGAAACUUAAAAGCGGUUAUUUCAACCAAUGCUUUGGAAUUAGGUAUUGACAUUGGUGGUCUGGAUGCGGUCCUCAUGUGUGGAUUUCCCUUAUCAAUGGCAAACUUCCAUCAACAAAGUGGGAGGGCUGGGAGAAGAAAUCAAGAUUCUUUGACUUUAGUUGUUGCUAGUGAUUCGCCAGUAGAUCAACACUAUGUUGCACAUCCGGAUAUAUUAUUACAUGGUGAUGAUCCUGAGUCAUACCAAGAUUUGGUUCUAGAUUUCGAUAAUUUACUAGUACUCGAGGGACAUGUUCAAUGCGCUGCUUUUGAACUACCGAUAGAUAUUGAACGAGAUAAAGUUUUUUUUAAAGAAGAACACUUAAUUAAAAUUUGUCAAGAAAGGCUACAGUAUAAUAAAGAAGGUUAUCAUGCAAACAAUAGGUUUUUACCUUGGCCACCAAAAGAAGUUUCUCUACGAGGAGUUGAAGAAGAUAAAUAUGCGGUAAUCGAUAUAACCAACGGUAGAAAUAUUGUAAUCGAAGAAAUUGAAGCAUCUAGAACUAGUUUUACCUUAUAUGAUGGGGGUAUCUUUAUUCAUCAAGGUUAUCCAUACCUUGUGAAAGAGUUUGACACUGAUGAGAGGUAUGCCCUUGUUCAAAGAGUUGAUGUCGAUUGGGUUACAAAUCAAAGAGAUUUCACCGACGUCGAUCCUCAGUUGAUAGAAAUGGUUAGAUCGCUAGAUGAUAGUGAUGUUCCUGUUUAUUAUGGUAAAAUACGAACUACAAUUAUAGUCUUUGGAUUUUUCAAAAUUGAUAAAUAUAAGAGAAUUAUUGAUGCAGUAGAGACCAAUAAUCAGCCAAUUGUUUUUUAUUCGAAAGGGUUAUGGAUUGAUAUUCCAGCAAAGGCCUUAGAGAUUUGUGAAGCUAAACAAUUGAAUGCUCCAGGUGCGAUUCAUGCAGCUCAACAUGCAAUCAUGGGGUUAUUCCCAAGAUUUAUAGUGUCAGGUGUCGAUGAAAUCCAGACUGAAUGUAAAGCCCCGGAAAAGGAGUUUGCUGAACGACAAACGAAAAGAAUACGACCAGCCAGACUUAUUUUUUAUGAUUCAAAAGGGGGCGAAUACGGUUCUGGAUUGUCUACGAAAGCUUUUGAACAUGUUGAUGAUAUACUUGAGGCAACUUUAGAACGUAUAGACGAGUGUACCUGUGAAGAUGGAUGUCCCGAUUGUGUCGCCGCUACAUAUUGUAAGGAACGUAGUAUGGUUCUUUCCAAGCCUGGGGCACAAGUAUUACUGCGUUGCAUUCUUGGGAAAGAUGAUUCGAUGUAUAUUGACAAGAUUAAAGAUGGACCAGAGCCCAACUUACCCGAUAUUAAAGUGCAAACAAUAGCCCCAGUAAGGGAACACGUUAAAUUUUCGAAAGAGUUGAAAAUUAUUGACUCAAGAAAUGUAGAUACCAAUUAA